AUGAACAAAAAAGAGAGUAGCAAGCUUCAAUUUGACAAGAGAUGCAUUGAAAUGGUGAGACAUGUGCUUGAAGGAAGAUCGACUGUUAAGCAGGAGGUUUACAAGAUGAAGGAUCCCAAGAUGUAUCACAAGCUAGUUCACAUGGUUGUUGAAAACCACGAUCUGCUACUUGACCUCAUAAAGAGAUGCAAGUACAUGGAAGACGACCGGGAGCUGGGAGUGAUAAGGUGCUUCCAGAUAUUAGACAGGCGGAUUAGAAACACAAGGAUGCGUAGGAAAUUCAUGAAGGCUCUUGGCGGAAGGAAGCUGAAACUAACCAAGGCGACUGUAUUUGUAAGGAUUAAUACACUGAGGGGCGGAACAGAGGAGGAUAUAGGGUUUCUGGACUACGAGAAGUCAUGUGUCGAUGGCGUAUAUAAGAUCCUGGAUUCCAAGAACAUUGUCUUUUCCGAAGGAUAUAAGAACGGGAAGUUUGUGAUACAGAACAUCUCAUCCUGUCUCCCUGCACACAUACUAGAUCCGGAGGAAGGGUCUAGGGUCAUAGACACAUGCUCUGCGCCUGGGAACAAGACGUCGCAGCUUGCGAUGAUCAUGAGGAAUACUGGGAAGAUAUAUGCCUUUGAAAGAAGCAAAAACAGGGCAGAGACUCUCAGAGCUCAGCUUUUCAAGCUGGGCGUUAGCAACACAGAGGUUGUGGAGGACGACUUCAUGAAUGCAAAUCCAGAGGACUUUGAAGGUAUCCGGUACAUCCUGUGUGACCCAAGCUGCUCUGGGUCUGGAAUGCAUCUGGGUUACAAAAUGGAUAAGGAGAGAAUAGAAGGCCUUAAGUCGUUUCAGAUAGAAAUUGUUAGGCAUGCUCUUCGAUUCAGGCCGGAGAAGCUUGUGUACUCGGUGUGCUCUGACCAUAGGGAAGAGGGCGAAGAGGUGGUGGAGGAAAUCCUGAGGAGUUCUGAAUAUGAACUAGAAAACAUAAGCAUGUUUUGGAGCUCUGCGCAUUCCUCCGGAUUCUCGUUCAGCCAGGAUGUGGUAAGAUGCAGGAGAGAUGAAAGCGGCGCCAUAGGAUUUUUCAUAGCUCUCUUUGUAAGAAAGAAGUAG